AUGGUUGGAACCAUUCCUGAAGAGGGGCAAAUGCUCCUGGCUAGAGACGCGACGUUCGAGAAAAUCCUGCACAAGGGCACGUCGAAGACCGUUGGCAUGUCGGCCAUGCUGAAAAAGGACCACGAGGCACAGAAGGCGGCCACCGAUGAAUACUUUAGACAUUGGGACAACAAGAGCGCACAGAAAGAAACGCGGGAGGACCGAGAAGUAAGUCGAAACCUCUGGGACCGCAGUGGUGUUUCAUCAGCUGAUACCCUUAUCUUUACAGGCUCGGACAGCAGACUAUGCUUCCCUAACCAGACAGUCAGUAUUUCCAACUCUUUCAGAAAUGACUCGUCGCCUAACUCUCAUGACAACAGAUACUACAACCUUGCGACCGACUUCUACGAAUAUGGCUUCGGUCAAAGUUUCCACUUCUGUCGCGCAGCAGCCGGCGAAUCAUUCAGGCAGGGCAUUGCAAGACACGAACACUACCUUGCCCAUGUGAUCGACAUCAAGAAGGAUAUGAAGGUCUUGGAUGUCGGGUGUGGCGUUGGUGGACCGGCCCGCGAGAUUGCCAAAUUCACGGGCGCCUACGUUACUGGUCUCAAUAUCAAUGAGUACCAAGUGGAACGAGCAACAAGAUACGCCAUAAAAGAGAAGAUGGACAAGCAAGUCCAGUUCGUGCAGGCCGACUUCAUGAACACACCCUUUGAGGACAACACGUUCGACGCCGUCUAUGCCAUCGAAGCCACCGUCCACGCCCCCUCCCUCGAAGCCGUGUACUCUGAAAUCUUUCGCGUCUUGAAGCCCGGCGGCGUCUUUGGCGUCUACGAAUGGGUCAUGACGGAAAACUACGACGACGCCAACCUCCGCCAGCGCAAGAUCCGCAUCGACAUUGAGCAAGGCGACGGCAUCGCCAACAUGGUCAAGGUGACGGAAGCGCUGCGCGCGUUCAGGGCCGCCGGCUUCGACGUCCUCCAACACGAGGAUAUGGCGGAGCGUCCGGACCCGAGUCCGUGGUACUGGCCCUUGGAUGCUGGCAGCUGGAGACACGCGCAAACAAUGGGCGACUUGCUGUACACAUUUCGCAUGACAGGCCUCGGGCGGAUGGUCACGCACGGAUUCCUUGGGCUCAUGGAGACGCUGAGGCUUGCGCCGCCGGGUAUGGUGAAGAUGUCGGAUAGCUUGUGUGUUGCUGCCGACGCGCUGGUGCUGGGCGGCAAGGAGAAGAUUUUCACGCCAAUGUAUCUCAUGGUCGGUCGGAAGCCCUCCGAAAAGAAAUAA